GCUUAGGUGCCCGAGCUACUGAGGGUCUAAGUCUGGGCAGCCGAAGAGUGUGGUAGGUAACGGUCGUCAGCGCAAGGGUCAUUUCGUCGCUGGGAAGGGACGGCCCUCGCCCGCGGUGAUGGUGGUUAGCAAGAUGAACAAAGAUGCGCAGAUGAGAGCAGCAAUUAACCAAAAGUUGAUAGAAACUGGAGAAAGAGAGCGCCUCAAAGAAUUGCUGAGAGCUAAAUUAAUUGAAUGUGGCUGGAAGGAUCAAUUGAAAGCACACUGUAAAGAGGUAAUUAAAGAAAAAGGACUAGAACACGUUACUGUUGAUGACUUGGUGGCUGAAAUCACUCCAAAAGGCCGAGUGGACAGUUCUAUGAAUUUUAACACCUGUCUAGAUUCAUGUAGUUACCACUACAAUCAAGCCCUGGUACCUGACAGUGUAAAGAAGGAGCUCCUACAGAGAAUAAGAACAUUCCUUGCUCAGCAUGCCAGCCUCUAAGAUUGGAUUAGAUCAUGUUAUUCUGUGGUUUUCUCUCUCAAAGUGAAACUCGCCAUACAUUAGAAAUCAGUUUCCCAAAAAUAAAAUCCUUUUUUGUAUGAUGGUAUACAAUUUUCAGUAAUGAUGUAUACAUUGUAUUGAUUUUUUUUCCCUAAAUGUGUUAUUUUAAUAAAUAUCUCACGAAUGA